UGGUGAAGAUAAGGGACGCAAUGUCGACUGUGACGCGACGCCGACAUCGAAGAGAGCGCGUGUUCGCCCAGUACGCUGUUGUGAUGAUGGGACGGCAGCGUGUGUUCCGUGACCGCUUGAACCCUUUGGAGGAGUUCGAUGAGGACGAACUGCAGGAGCGCUUUCGAUUCGGUCGCGCGGGCAUUGUGUUCCUCGCCGACACACUGCGCCCGGACUUGGAGCGGCCGACGCGUCGCAGCCGCGCCCUCUCUGCAGAGCAGCAGGUCAUUGUCGCCUUACAGUUCUACGCCACGGGGAACUUCCUCAUCACCGCAGGGGACUACAUCCGUGUGCACGUCUCCACUGCUUCGCGGACUGUGAGGCGGGUGACUCAGGCCUUGGCACGUCGUGCCCAAGACUUCAUAGGGUGGCCAGGUGAAGCUGAGGGUCAUGCCUUACAACAGGCCUUCUUUGAGAUCGGCAAGCUGGCCGAUGGCGUUUACGAGGGCCUACUGCUUGGAGACAGCGGCUACACCUGCAAGCCAUGGCUGAUGACGCCCUUCCUGUCUCCGUCAUCAGCAGCGGAGGUCGCCUACAAUGCGUCACAUAGCACAACGAGGAGCAUCGUGGAACGGACAAUAGGCCAGCUCAAGCGGAGAUUUCAUUGCCUCCAUGCUGAGUUGAGGAUGCAGCCAGAGAGAUGCUGCGACAUCACUGUUGCCUGCUGUGUCCUGCACAACCUGGCCAAGACAUACCCCUGCAGCAUGCCAAGGACUGUCCUCCCCGAAGAGGUUCCCGUCGAGCCCGUGGCAGCGGGCCGUGAUGAAAGCAACGAGGCUCGGGAUGCCAUCGUCAGCCAGUUCUUCGGUUGAGCCAGGAGAUUAGCUCCCUCGAGCUGCUGCUGCCUUUCUGUCUCCUGCAAGAAGCGCUGUGAAGCCUCCCGGCACCAACGUCGGCUGUAUGGCACAUUUGUUGGAGCCCGCUGCACCGCCUCCAGCGGCCGACUCUCGUGCAGCACUGCCGCACUUGCUCCGCUCCCAGAGGGACCAGGCUGUGGAUCUAUUCCCCUGGAGCUGUCACUGCGACAAAUUCAUGUGUAAAAAGUGGUCAGGUUUUGUUCUUGUCAGCAUGGGCAAAGAGAACACACUGUGCAAAGUUUGUAACCCUGAUAAAGACACCGAUGCUGCGCCAAAAUUCAUUCAUACGGGUUGGUACAGAGGACAAAGUUUGUGAGCCAAGUUGGUUUAUACACUGACGCACAGGCUUGAGGUCGGAGCGCAGUGUUGUUACUUCUUGCACAAUUGCCCAGUACAUGGUGUAGGAAAAUGUGCAUUUGGUUGUGAAGAGCACACAGCUGCAUUCUAAAGGUUAGAAUGCAGCUGUGUAGCUAUGCGAUUAACAGUUCAUAAAUUUAGUGGUCACAUGUCCAGUCAAACCACAAUGCACUGCACAUUUAUAGGACAACUUCAAACAUUACAGCACAUAGCUUC